GAAUCAGGUGCCUUGAAAGAGCUGUUCCAGAUGAUCUCCGCUCAAUUCCCUCCGGAUAACAAUCCAGCUCUGGAGCGAGCGGUCUACGACCAAGUCCAUCAGGCUGCAUCCGAAGCUCCAGGUGUAAGCUACGAGAGUACCGUAGUUGCCGGUCGACCUGCAAUAUGGAUUAGGCCCGAAGGCGCGUCCCCAAAACAUGCGAUGCUUUACAUGCACGGAGGUGGCUACUCUUAUGGCUCAACGCAGAGUCAUCGAAAACUGUCGGCGCAUCUGGCCAAGGCUUGCAACACUCCUGCUUUGUCAAUUGACUAUCGUUUGGCUCCAGAACAUCCAUAUCCGGCACCACUGGAUGACUGCGUCAACGCGUACAAGUAUCUGCUCGAUCAAGGAAUCCCCGCCGAAAAUAUCGCAGUUGCUGGAGACAGCUGCGGCGGCUGCCUCUCGGCGACUGUUCCUUUAGCAGCGAUUCAAAGAGGGCUACCCGUUCCCGGCGCAUCGAUUUCAAUGUCGCCGCUGUACGAUCAGACUGCCUCUGGCUCAACAUACGACUCAAAUGAAGAGAAUGAUGCCCUGAGUACCAAGCCUUCCCUGAACAAGCUGGCAGAGCGGUUUACGGCCGGCAACAAGGCCCUGAGAAAGGAUCCUCUGAUCAGUCCGCUGCUUGCCCCAGAUGUGAGCGGCCUCCCGCCGACUUGGAUCUCUGCCGCUGGGUAUGAUAUGCUACUUUGCGAUGCACAAGCUUUUGCGGAGAAAUUGCAGAAGGCCGGAGUUGAGGUUGUGCUGAAGGUGCACGACCAGCAGCAGCAUGUAUUCGAAUUCAUGGCGGGGAAAGCUCCAGAAGCGGAUACGAGUAUUCGAGAUAUCGGGACAUGGACGAGGGAGAAGAUCGGUUCGUGAGGUAUGAAUGGAGAUGGUGGUGCAGUUGCAAGCGUUGAGCGGACGUUGUACUUCUGGGAGUGCUGAAAGUCGCUUCGGUCCUCUCUAUACGUCAAUUAUCCACUGUAUCCUG